AUGUGCACUCCAAGACGUUCAGGCGCACAGGUCGCGAUUUUCCUUGUGGAGCUGAGGUCACAAACUGUUUCCAGCUGCCGCUUGGUUGGUCCCAGUCGGGACGGACUGCCUGCGCUCCUCGUCAGCGGCGGCGGCCUGCUGACGCUGGAGACCGAGGGUGACAUGCACAUCACUGGCUACAUCCACUUGAAGGAUCUGCGCCUGCAAGCUCAGAAGCUUGACUCUCAAGAUAACCUCUGGGCGAUCCCGGGAAUCCGCUUUGUUCGGGGCACGCGAGCGCUGAGGGGCGGGGGCUGUGCGGCCGGUGGUGACCUGACGCUAGCCGGCGGGUCACGCCUCUCUGUGCAGCAUGCCGCCGCGAACCGUGGCGGCGGAAUCUUCACAAAGGGCGAAUUGACUUUUGAUGGCAGUUCAGCUCAUCGUAGCAUGAGAUUCGGGAGGCUUCAUGGGGGCUCUCAGCUUUCCGUUGAGACGACUACUGCCUUUUUUGGUGGGGGCUUCUUUGCAGAGGGUGCAGUUGACAUCUUGGAAUCUUUGAUACGCCUUCGGCGCACCACUGCUGCCGAAUCUGGAGGAGGCUUUGUUGCGCUGGCUUCGCUGACUUUGGAUGCAGGAGUCCUUGACUUGAGAGAGACCACUGCAAUCUCGAGAUUCGGCGGUGGCAUCUACAUUGCUGGGGCAUUGAGACUGAACGCGGCGUCGCUCCACAUUCGGCAUGCCACAGCAGGGCGGCAUGGAGCAGGACUUUGUGCCUUGGGCAAAGUUGUCAUUGCCAAUCAGUCUGUGGUUGCAAUUUCUCAUAGCCGCACGAUCUCGGGACAUGGUGGAGGCUUUCAUAUGGAACAAGGCCUGCAAGUGACGAGCAGAUCUGCUGUCAAAGUGCACAACGCUACAGCAGGAAGGAGCGGAGGAGGGUUCUUUUCAGUUGGAGAGGUGCUGGUUGGUGGUGCCUCCAACCUCUCGUUUUCUGACUGCCGCGCGUUGCGGCACGGUGCAGGCUUCUACGUGUCAAAGAGCCUACGCAUGAGCGGCAGAUCAGCCGUUCACAUUCAAAAUGCGACAGCACGGGGAAGUGGAGGAGGCUUCUUGGUGUCUGAAAGCGUUGUGAUUGAGGAGUCCACUGUGACCAUUUCCAAUUGCCAUUCAGUUUUCAGAAACGGCGGAGGCUUCUACGUAGACAAGAAUGCCACAGCACAGGAGUGGGGAGGAUGUUUCAUUGUAUACGAAGGGGUAGCCGUGGCCGUCGGGUCCACAGUGUCACUCACUGUUUGUCGUGCCAACUUUCAGACUGGUGGAGGCUUCUACACUGCAGCGCACUUUCGUGUGAGCGACAGAUCCAUAAUUAGCAUUCACAAGGCGACAGCCCAGGGAAGUGGAGGAGGGUUCCUGGCACUGGGCGACGUUGUCGUGGCUGGGGCAUCCAGGCUGACGCUUUCAAAGAGCCAUUCACUUUUGGGCACUGGCGGAGGCUUCUACACAACAGGUCUGAGUGUCACUGGCUCUUCAACGUUAAGCGUCAGGAACGCGGCAGCUGAGUCCUCAGGGGGUGGAUUCUGGGCAGAUGGGGAAAUUCUAGUGGCUGAGGAUUCCAUUCUGUCAGUUGUCCAGUGCCGUUCCAUCUCGGGAGAUGGCGGAGGCUUCACCGGUGAGAAGAGCCUGCAGGUGACAAACAAUUCAGAAGUAAAUAUUCAAGGCACGACAGCAGCCUGGAACGGAGGAGGUUUUGAUUCCACAGGAGAGGCUCUUGUUACGUGGGGAUCCAGACUAACGAUCUCCGACAGCCAUGCGAUCUCAAAAGAUGGCGGAGGCUUCGCUGCCCACAAGGGCUUGCACGUCAGCAACGGCUCAGCCAUCAGCAUUCAGCGUGCUACUGCUGGUGGCUGGGGAGGAGGGUUCAUCGUUGCUGAAGAGAUGUUUUUGGGAUGGGCCAAAGUGGACAUCUCGGACAGCUAUGCGCUGUCAGGGCGAGGCGGAGGCUUCUUCUCGGUGGGCUCCAUCCUGAUCAACAGCUCACAGGUCACCGUCCGAAAUGCCACAGCAAAAACAUCUGGAGGAAGCUUCGGCUCGUUUGGUGAUGUUGUUGUGGCGUGGCAGUCUGCAUUGACAGUUGCAGACAGCCAAGCAACAUCAGAUGACGGCGGGGGCUUUUACGUGGGUAGGCACCUUCAAGUGGCAACUGGCUCAGCUGUCAACAUUCAGAAUGCCAGGGCAGGUGGGGGCGGCGGAGGCUUCUUUACCUCUGGCGGAGUGGUUGUUGCAGGCGAAUCCAACGUCACAAUGGUCAACAGUACGGCUGCAGAGGAUGGAGGAGGUUUCCAGUGCUUGAGCUUGCACGUGGCCAGCAGAUCAACAAUUUUGGUCCAAAACGCAACAGCACAGUUGAGUGGAGGAGGUUUCCUUGCGGGCGGAGAAGUGACGGUCGCAAUGAAAUCCAGGGUGGCAAUUUCUGAUAGCCACGCGCUCCAUGGUGAGGGAGGAGGCUUCAGAGCUCAGAAGGGCUUGGAAGUGACCCGGGGCUCAAUCAUCAUCCUUAACAAUACCCGGGCGGAGAGUAGUGGCGGGGGAUUUAGUGCCGUGAAAGAAGUGGUUCUUUCCGAGGGAUCCAGGGUGAACAUCUCAGGAAGUGGCUCAAUUGCAGGAGAUGGGGGGGGCUUCAACGCUGAGGAGGGGCUGUCUCUGACAAAUAGCUCCGCAAUCAGCAUUCAGAACGCCAGCGCCGGGAAGCAUGGAGGAGGUUUCUUGCUCUGGGGGAGGCUUCUGAUUGCUCAAGAGUCCUCACUGAACGUUUCAUGCAGCAAAGCGCUGACUGGUGGAGGCUUCAGGGUGCAGAAGGACUUGGAAGUCACCAGCAACUCUGCAAUUUUCAUGCAGAACGCUACGGCUUUGCGAUCCGGAGGAAGCAUUGCUGCUUUUGGGGAAGUCUUCCUGGCUGAUAGGUCCAGCUUGAUCAUGAUCCGAAGCCAGGCUCUGUCAGGAGGCGGGGGGGGCCUCUUUGCCAGGGGGACUUUGCGGAUGAUCGGCAGCUCGGUGAUCAUCCGUGAUGCAAGUGCUGGGCAGCACGGGGGCGGCGUUUCUGUGGAGGACCUGGCGGUUUCUUCAUCCACGAUCUCCAUUUCCAGGACCACAGCGGGGGCAGAUGGCGGAGGCUUCGCUGCAGCGGCGGCCACACUCACAGACAGCAAUAUCAGCGUUCAUCUUGCAUCAGCUGGCCGUGAUGGAGGCGCAUUUGCGGCUCGGUCGGGCAUGACCAUCCGCAACGGUUCCAUGGACAUCCGCAACACCACAGCCUCGCGGACGUUCAGCGCAGGCCGCGUGCUCGGCCAGCUGCUGGUCGCCAACGGAUCCCGGCUGCAGGUGCGCGAUGCGGAGGGCACGGAAGUUUCCAGCGUGCUGGGCGCAGCCUGCCUGGAGGUUGGAAGGCGAUCUGCACUUACGAUGACGGGCGCAGUGGGCGGCCACGGCCUAACCUUGAGCAAUGGGAACUGUUCCAGCAGUUGUGCGAACCGCACAUUGAGGGUGGCAGAGGAUGCAGCCCUGAAUGCAAGCGGCCAGUUGGGCUUGGGCCUGUUGUCCAUGGUGGCCUGUCCGUCCGAGGUCGUGCGCAUGUCAGGCAUUUAUCUCCACUCGUGGUCCGGUCCCUUGCUGAGCACUCGCAUGGAACAUGCAGUGAUCGACGGCAUCCGCAUCGAGUACCAGACGUUACCCCGCGAGGUGUUGGUGCUGGCCGUGAACGGCAGCUACUCCGUCGAAUCCCUAGCAGUCUCGUGUCCCAACUGCAGCCAGGGCAUUGCUUUCAAUGCCAGCAAGAGAGAACUGCACGCUCUGAGCACUCCGGUGCUUCGCUGCCCAGAUGCCGUUUUGGUCUCAAAUGGUUCCAUGGCACCUUGUACAUGCGCUUCCCAGCAGAUCACCAGUGAGCGCUUCAUGGGCCGUGACCUGGUGCCUAUUCAGGACCUUCUGCAGACAUGCGCCUUCUGUGAAGUUCAUCGGGAGUUUCAGAACGGCACCUGCCGCCAAUGCCCCGCCUACAAUGCUUGGUCACAUGGCAGACUGGAUCAGUGCCAUCCGUGGCCAAGAGAUGUGGAAACCCUUGGACCGCUCCUGGCAGCAGCUGCCGUCUGUGUUGCGGUGAUCUUCGCUCUGCUUGAGGUCCUGCAGGCACCGCUGGUAGUGCUUGAGGCAAAGUCGCAGUACACCAGCGAAGAUGCCGUCGGCCUUGUGGAUGUGAAGUGCAAGAGGUGCCUGACGAUAUCGGUGCAGGGCCCCAGCAUGGACCUUCCUCAACGCCUCGCACGACUAGUGCAUCGACACAUUUCCUUUCGUGUGUGUCAGACCGGCCUCCAUUGGCUGGAUUUCGAUCCGAAGAAGGCCAACACUGUCUUGGUGCUCAGCGCCGCACCCGGGAAGCUGCAGGUCCGGGAUGUGGUGGUGCCGUUUGACUGCGCAUCGUGCACGGGCUUCCUUCAAGCUACUGGCGCCUGGCGCCCCAUAGCGCUGUUGUCUGGAGUUCUGUGUGCAACGGUCAUUCUGCCAGUCUGUCUGGCAGUGGCAGCCGCAUCGGAAAAUCAGGUGUUGCAUGUCCUUGUCACAGUGAUGUAUUGCGCGCUUCCGGUGCUCCUGCUUGCAGCUGUCCUGCACCCGGUGGUGGCGUGGCUCAUCAGCCGCCGCUACCGUACCACACCCUUCUCCGUGGCUUUGGCGGAGUACGGUGGGCGGAUCCAGUGUGAGCCGCAUCCCGGCCCAGACGCCCAUCACCCUCGGAACCAGGGGCUGCCGAUGCAGAUUUUCUGGGAAUUGUGGGCGCACUUCGAGAGCUUCAUCCUGGAGAGAAACAUGCACUUCAUUGUGGCCAACAUUGUGAGACCCCUCACGCGAAGCAAGCAGGUUUCAUUUGUUACCUUAUGGGGUGGCAAGCAGGUGUGGUAUUUUGUUUCCCACUCGUGGGGAACUGGUUUCGCGCACUUCGUGCGCUCCCUCCGCUCGCACGCGCUGUCCAAAGAGGGUCAGGUCUGGAGAGAGGCCACUUACUGGAUCUGUUCCUUUGCCAACAACCAGUGGGAUAUCGCAGGAGAGCUGGGAGCCACCAUCAUGGACAGCGCCUUCGCACAGGUGCUCAACAGCGGCAUCCUCAAAGGAGUAGCCAUGGUCCUGGACCACGAGGUGCAGCCCCUCACAAGAGUGUGGUGUCUCUUUGAGUUCCUACUUUCGAGCCAGUUAAAUUUGGAGCUGGUCUUUACGACAGAUGUUGGCGUGAUCGGGGACCCUGGCUGCACCUCCUUCGACAUCGCAUUGAUUGUGGGUAAACGGCUACGGCAUUUGGAGGUGGCAGGCUGUCAAGCAUCCAGCGAUGAGGACAAGAGAAAGAUCUUCGAGUUCAUCGUUUCCACGCUAGGAAGCCUAGAGUCGAUGGACAGCCAGAUCAAGUAUCUUAUGGCCCAGAUGUUGAAGAAGAACUUGGAGAAUGUGAGACAGGCCACCCAUGGCUUGCUCAAAGAGCUUGGCCAAAGAUGA